AUGAUAUUCCGGAAAAAACUAAUAGCAAUCGUAUGGUGUGUAACAUGCGUUGCAAUUGUAACAAGCAGUAGCACAAUAGUGAACAUCAAAAAUGGUCCGAUUGCCGGUGAAUUUCGUGGUGAUUACUAUGCCUUUGAGGGAAUACCGUACGCGAAACCACCCGUGGGUAAGUUACGAUUCGCGCCCUCGAUGCUGAACGAUGAUCGCUGGACUGAACCAAAGAACACAACCAAACGUGGCGCUAUAUGCAUGCAGUGGAAUCAUCUCAAUGCAAACAAGGAUAAAUUGGAGGGAUCCGAGGAUUGCCUCUUUUUAAACGUGUACACAAGGUCUAUAGAUCCGACUGCUCGCUUACCAACGAUCGCGUUCAUUCACGGCGGAGCCCUUAUGUUCGGAACGGGAAAUUUCUACGAUCCGGAUCACAUCAUGCGCCGACAAAUGGUUCUAGUAACAUUCAACUACCGCCUUGGGCCGCUUGGAUUUCUCAGCACGGAGGAUGAAGUGAUACCUGGGAACUAUGGACUGAAGGAUCAGGUGACUGUUCUCCGCUGGAUACGGGAGAAUAUUCAUUCCUUCGGCGGUGAUCCAGAAACGGUCAACAUUGUUGGUUAUUCAGCGGGUUCCGCUAGCGUUCACAUGCACUAUUUAUCACCGCUUUCGCGUGGUCUCUUCAGCUCCGGAAUUGGACAUAGUGGAUCGGCGUUGAACCCUUGGGUUAUGUCUGAACGUUCGGUGGAAAAAGCUAUCAGAAUCGGGGCUGCGCUAGGUUGUCCAACUAGAAAAACCCAAGCACUGUUGGACUGCCUGAGGCAACUGCCGGCAGAACAAAUUGUCCGACAAGUGCCACAUUUCCUGGAUUACCUAUACAAUCCAUUCUCACCGUUCGGCGCUGUCGUUGAAAAAUCGGGCCCUCUUAAUCCUGAACCAUUCCUAGCAGAGACGCCUCGAUCGUUGAUGAAUGCAGGAAAGAUCGCAAAAGUGCCAUUAAUUCUGGCGGUUACCGAAGCAGAAGGUCUUUACCCCGGAGCCGAGUUUUUAAGCGACCCCAGCUAUCUACAACAAAUAGAUUCUCGAUGGAAUGAGCUAUUACCAAGUAUUCUUGACUAUAAAACAACUGUUCCAGAUCCAAAGAAGCGCGAUCUUCUAUCGGAAACUAUUCGAAACCACUACUUCGGUGAUGACACUCGUUUGUCUGCAGAAAAUUUCAAUGUUUUAAUUCAGAUUAUUUCUAACCGGCUAUACUUUGCGGGAGUUACAGAGUCGGCAAAGCUAAUGCAACCGUACACCAAGGUGUACCUUUAUUACGAUCUGUAUAAAGCAAAAUACGGUGUCGGGGAGGCGUUAUCCCAUCGCGAAGAACCAGGAUUGCUCGGUGUGUCCCAUGGUGAUGACGUUCUGUUAAUAUUCCCCAAUGUUCUUCGGGAGCAACGUCCAUACACGAACGAAGAGAUGCAAGUAGUCGAUCGGUUCGUUGCGUUGUACGAGGAGUUUGCUAAGGGAGAUGUUCCCCGGUUUGGCGCUUACGAGUUACCGGUACAGGAUUCCCGUGAAACGAUUACUUUUUUAAAGCUCAACUAUCAAUUCAGUGAAGUUGUUCGUGAGGAAGGCAUGAGUGAUGAAUCAUUUUGGUAUACUCUUAAUUUUAACGACGGACCAUACACCACCGAUGCUCCAUCCCAUACUGAGCUAUAA